AUGAGCACCGUGGUGACCGAAAUCAUCGACAGUAUCGACAUCGAUAGCCCGCCAGCACACGCCUUGGCCCUUUCCAACAUGGAGCAAGCAAAUCCUCGUGGUUACACACGGCCUAUGUUCUUCUUCGAGACUCCUCACGGUGUUGAUCAGAUGAGAGUUGUUCAGAUCUUCCGCAAAGCCCUUGAGCCAACCCUACAAGCCAUUCCUUCCCUUGCUUGCGAGAUUGUGCCGGUCGAUGAUGGAAAGUCACCCACUGGAAGAGUCGCUCUCAAACACGGAGGAUUUGGCUCCUUGAUUGUCAACGACCUCCGAGGAAAACACUUGUCCUAUGAGGAACUGCGCAAGCAAAAGUUCCCUCAAUCUCGACUCGAAUCUGGCGUACUUUGCGCUCGUGGUGUCUUCCCCAUGCCUGGCGAAAGGCAGCCAACGUUCAUUCCCCAGCUCAACAUCAUCAACGGAGGCUUCAUCCUAGCCUUCUGCACUCAUCACACAACUUAUGACGCGCAAGCUAUCAACGAGAUUCUUCGAGUUUGGGCCCAAAAUUGCCGACAUAUCCAAGAUACGGCCGUCACAAGAUGUAGCAGCCUUCCUGCCGAACAGUUCGAGAGAUCUGCUCACAUCAACAGUGGUGAGCCAACAGCAGCAAUGGGCCGUCCCGAGCAUCAUCCUGAGUUCAUUGUCGCACCAUUUCAACUAUCGUGGCCCGAAACGGCUUUUAGAGAUACACACAGACAACGCGUUUACCGUCUUUCUCCCAAAGCGCUCGCCGAACUCAAGAAUGACUGCACUGAGCCUGGAGAUUCUUGGAUCUCAACCAACGACGCAGCCACUGCAUUGAUCUGGCGCUCUGUCAUUCGCGCUCAAGCCGACUUUGAUCAACUUCCUGAGGAUGCAAUGUCUCAUCAUAUCGUUGUUGUCGACCUUCGUCUUCGCUCUGAUCCUCCUCUGUCGAAGCAAUAUCCUGGAUGUCCCAUGAAUUACGCCCGCCCAGGUAUGAAUAUUCGGGAUCUCUGCAGCUCAACCAGCCUCGCUCCUCUGGCACGUGCAAUCAGGAACAAAGUCGACAAGCGCACACCCGAAUACACGAAAUCUCUUAUCACACUUCUCAACAACAUCCCUGGCUAUGGCCAAGUUGCUUGGACAUCGUUCCCCUCCCUCCUCACAACUGAUUGUAUGACAAGCACGUGGUACAAGCUUGACCUGUUGGACCUGAAUUGGGGUCCUGCUAUUGGCCAGAUCGAGCGUGUGAGGUAUCCAACCGGUGGUCUCUUCAAUGGCUUGAGCAUGAUCUAUCCGCAGAUCACUAGAGGCAAACAAGAAGAUCUAGGUAUGGAGAUUGCAAUUGGCAUGGAAAAGCAGCAUUUCGAGAAGUUGGACAAUGAUCCGAUUUGGUGCAAGUAUGCAGAGACGACUGAUCCUGGGUAUGAUUGUAUGUAA